CGCUGGACGCAGCUGAGCCCUGUAAGCAGCCCCAACCCCAGCCACGGCCGCCCUGGGGACGCAGACGCCAAGGCCCCUCGGGUCAGGGCAGGGACCCGGGCCGGCUUGACCAGUUGUGACAGACCCAUGGCCCCGGCCAGUCACUGAGCCCCACCAUGGGCGGCUUAUACUCAGAGUACCUCAAUUCCAGCAAGGUCCGGGAACACUACAAUUACACCAAGGAGACGCUGGACACACAGGAGACGCCCUCCCGCCAGGUGGCCUCGGCCUUUAUCAUCAUCCUGUGCUGCGCCAUCGUGGUGGAGAAUCUGCUGGUGCUCAUCGCGGUGGCCCGGAACAGCAAGUUCCACUCCGCCAUGUACCUAUUCCUGGGCAACUUGGCCGCCUCAGAUCUCCUGGCAGGGGUGGCCUUCGUGGCCAACACCUUGCUCUCGGGCCCUGUCACGCUGGGGCUGACCCCUGUGCAGUGGUUUGCCCGGGAGGGCUCAGCCUUUAUCACACUGUCAGCCUCCGUCUUCAGCCUCCUGGCCAUCGCCAUUGAGCGGCACGUGGCCAUUGCCAAAGUCAAGCUCUACGGCAGUGACAAGAGCUGCCGCAUGCUGCUGCUCAUCGGGGCCUCGUGGCUCAUCUCGCUGGUUCUCGGGGGCCUGCCCAUCCUGGGCUGGAACUGCCUGGGCCACCUGGAGGCCUGCUCCACUGUCCUGCCGCUCUACGCCAAGCAGUACGUGCUGUGUGUGGUGACCAUCUUUUCCGUCAUCUUGUCGGCCAUCGUUGCCCUCUACGUCCGCAUCUACUGCGUGGUCCGCUCGAGCCACGCGGACGUGGCAGGCCCCCAGACGCUGGCCCUGCUCAAGACGGUCACCAUCGUGUUGGGUGUCUUCAUUGUGUGCUGGCUGCCAGCCUUCAGCAUCCUCCUCCUGGACUACGCCUGUCCCGUCCGCUCCUGCCCCAUCCUCUACAAGGCCCAUUACUUCUUCGCCUUCGCCACCCUCAAUUCACUGCUCAACCCUGUCAUCUACACGUGGCGCAGCCGGGACCUGAGGAGGGAGGUGCUGCGGCCCCUGCACUGCUGGCGGCCAGCGGCAGGGGUGGCGGGAAGGCGGGACGGGACCCCGGGCCAUCGCCUCCUGCCCCUUCGCAGCUCCAGCUCUCUGGAGAGGGGCACGCACAUGCCCACAUCACCCACGUUUCUAGAGGGCAACACAGUGGUCUGAAGGGAAGGUGGAUCAACAACCAGGCCUCUGAGGGCUGCAGAGAGGUGCUGGGUGACCUCGGACAGAGACAGGGGGCUGCCCAGCAAGGCUCAUCCCAAUCCCAGAGAUCUGGGAGAUAUUGAGAGUUCACAGCUGGGGUGGCCAGUGGGGACACUGACUAAUCAGUAGUGCUUCAGUGGGAUGCUGGAGGCUAGUACAGUAACCAUGGGGACCUUCAAAGGACUAGGAUGACAGCAGGAGGGAGCUCAGAGCAGGAGCAGUUUACCAUCCAGUACAAAGGAUUCAACAUUUUCCUUUCCGACCCCCCAACCUGCACCCAGCUCUUGUCUCUGAAUUUCUCUCUCUUGCCACCUUUUCCGGACAACCUCAGGCCCUUCUUUGGAACCACUGUCUCCAGUUGGUUGGAAAUCUCAGCCCCAACCCUCCCAGACCCAACUCCACAGCUUCCCUAAAUUUCAUCAGCUGCCACUUUGACUCCGUCUUCUCUUUCCUUUCACAUGCCCAGAAAGGAAACCACGGGGUUAGAGAUGGGGCGGGGAGGGGGCCGAGCCCCAUUCCUCACUCUCAGACCUCAUUGGCCAAUUGCACUAUUUGGGGCACAGAAGAAUCACUGAGGGCUGGAAAAACCGGUUUGGGGGGCUGAGGAGGGCUCUGGGCCUCCCUGUGGGACAGGGUAGAACUUGAGAAAAUUCUGGGGGAGACGUUUGCCCAUUUCCCCCACUCCUAUCCCCAAAACCACUCCCCCCAGCUCUUCCCACCUUCACAAGUCCUCCCCAGCCCAGGGCCCAGGGCCCCAAAGGCAGGGCAGCCUUGAGCCCGCUGUGCCUCCUUGCAAGAUGUCUUGAAUGGAGCAUGGGGGUGGGGUGGCCCAGGCCAUUUCCUGGGGACAUUCUCCCUUCCCCUGCCCCAGAAGGACUUUGCUAAUUCCUGUGGAUAGAUGGAAGAGCUGUUGCGGUACGAACUAUAUUUAUGUGUGUCUGUGUGCACGUGUGUGGUGUCUGUGUCCUCAUCCCUGCCCUGUUUCCCCCAGAAUGGAUGCUGUUCUGUCUUAACGUUCAUGUCCAUGUUGAAACUGCUAAAGAGGGUUCUGGUCCUGCCCAGAACCUCUUUGGAAUUGCUGGCUUAUCUGUCUACAGGAGGAAAACCUCAAAUUAAUGUCUUUGUGAAUGCAAAGGCUGGGGGAGGGGGGCUUUGGGAGGCAAGGAGCCAGUUGGGGGCUUGUCUCCCUUUAUAUAGCUCCCCAGAUGCCCCCCCAUGCCAGACACCCA